AUGUCGCAAAAAUUCGAACGAACAAGACGAACACCUGCACAGUUAACAGCGAUAAUCGCAAGUUCUAAAUCUCAGAGAGAACUAAACAAGAUCGCUUUUAAAGAGCAAGAAAGAAUUAUUGAACUUCAAAAGGAGACUCGGGAAGUUCAAUGUAUAGUCAAAGGCCUGUUGGGGCAUAAUGAAUUCGGUGAUGUUAAGACUACGUUGACUCUUCGUGAAUUUUUAAAGCUUCCAGUGGUUAUGAAGAGUGGACACGUUAAGAGGCCUCCAAAUAGUUAUAUUCUUCAUCGAAGGGAUGUUGCUAGUGAAUUUCGUAAUGUGAAAGUUAAAUUAUCUGUUCAUGAAAUUACUUCAAUUGUAAAGGAAAGAAGGAAGAAUCUCGAUGAAGUUGAAAGUAAAUUUUGGGAAAA